AUGCCCGGAGACGAUACAUAUCUUCCAGAACUAAAUCUUCUGGAGAUCGAGGCCUUGAAGGAUGGGCUCAAAUACUUCAAAGUCAGUCAACUUCGAGAGCUUUCUAGAUCUCUAGGUGUCCGCCAGGGUAAGAAGAAAGCUGAAACAAUAGAAAAUAUCAGAGCUAUUAUAGAUCGGUUUCUUAAGCCGUUUGACAAGGUUUCCCUCGUCACCAUUAUCGUCUUGACGGAGAUGUUGAAAGCCAGACCUGAUCUCCCCGUGUUUGCUUCACUUUACCGUGGAUUGGAAACAGGUACUGUGAAUUACCAAUCCACCCUUCAACUGAUAUCAGCCCUUAAAAGUUCAUCAGUGCCGAACUACAGAACUCACCCUACUAAUAUUAAAGCGGUCUCCAAGAAAGCUCCCCCAACAAGGUCGCCUUUUACGUUGGUGUUCGAACCUUCCCCUUUUCAUGAGCUUAUCAAAGACCUUCCAGAAUUUCCUGGUGUUGGUUACGGCUCAGCAACUAGACUGCAAAUUCUUAUGAAUAUUACUUUAUCCCCUGAAGACAGAGAACUACUAAAAGACCCAAGUAACCGAGUGUAUUUGCGAUGUACCAACUUCGACAAGGUCCUGGUCCGCACCUGCUCCAUAGAAUAUCCGGAUAAAAUGGAACUUCUGGUCAACGGUCAGACCAUUAAGGAAUCGGGGGUACGAGGGAUAAAGAAUGUUCCGGGAACUGCUAGGCCUUUUGAUAUUACUGAUCACCUUAAACAGGAGUCGAAUAGCAUUAAACUACUAUUCAUAGAUAAAAACCCCUUCAUGCUCAUCGGGAGUAUCUGCAAGAAAUUCAGUAUCACAGAGGUUCUUCAAAAGUUAAAUAUGAAAAGAAUCCCCAAAGAAGUGGAGAUCCAAAAGAUCAAAGCCAGUCAUGACAACACAGAUGAUGAUAUUUCAGUGGGCAUAGAAAAGGUUUCACUCAAAUGUCCUUUAUCUUAUGCCCGGAUCCGACUUCCAGUAAAGUCUGAACAAUGCGAUCACACUGGAUGUUUUGAUGCAUAUUCAUUUCUUGCUUUACAAGAACAGAUAUCUACCUGGAAAUGCCCGAUCUGUCAAAAGCGUAUUUCAGCGGAGGAGUUGAGAAUAUCUGAAUACUUUGAAGACAUAAUAAAAUCAAGUAAAAUCGAAACUGAAAUGGUUAUGUUAGCAGAAGACGGUGGUUGGAUUGAGCAGAUGCAAGAUGAUGAUGAUAUCUCAGAGACUGAUUCUUCUAAACACAUGGUCAGGGAACCUGCAAAGGAUGAAUCAAUGAUUGAAACUAUUGUCUUAGACAGUGAUGAGUCGGACGAAGAGUCGGCCGAAGAUCCACCUGAAACCGCUUUGCUGGAUGAUUUGGACGACAUUCCGAUUGCUGCAGCGGCCUUUAGACAUGUCCCUAGGGUAAUAUCUGAUGAUGAUGGUGAAGGAAACAUAGAACAACCCACUGAGCUGCCACAUCCAGAUAAAGUGCGUGGUAGUGCCCUUCUGGGUGACCUGCUUGGUGACACACUUUUGGAUGCCCCAGGUCGUCUGGAACAACCUGUUGAGAUGCUUUCUGAUACACCUGCUCCUGCGGCAGAGCUGGAGACCACUCCACAAAACCAGUUUCAGCCUACACAGAGUCCCAGCGAUAUGUCUGUACCCUCUGCUCCAAACACACAAGUGGUUCCACCAGUUCAUCAAGUGUCGGCAACAACACAAAAUAAACUAGCCAAUACGGCUGUCCAUGAUAUCUCGAAGGAAGUGAACACAGGUCAAGUGAAUGAUCUUGCUCCUCUUCCACCACCACCAUUUCCACCACCUGUGCGCUCAAACUCUGGAGAAGGUUCUCAUUUGGCGUCUCAUAUUGUUUCAGGGUCUGAAGCCCCAACUCCAACCCCAGCUUCAGUUAAAGAUUCUAGGCCUGGCCCAGCUCCAAAUCAUGUACAUGUGCCUGCUUCCACCGCUGCUUCAGACCCAGAGAGGAAUGGUACAAUUCAUGAUGAAGGAGUGGAGCUGGAACCUAAUUCCAGCAGACCGCAACAACAUCGUUCAAAGCCAAAGACUCGAUUACCAUCUACGAAAGCAGAAGCAAUUGUUCCGCCAACAAAUCAACUUCAAUUCAACACAGAAGGAAGCACACCUAUGUUGCAGUCAUAUCAAGCUCAAUAUAACAGACAGGCGAGUGCUUCAACUCUGCCACCAAAUCAAUUUCAAUACACCAGGCAUAAUAUUAUGUCCUCAAUCCCUUCAAAUCAGACUCAAUACGACGGACAAGGGAAUCUAUAUAUACCGCCACCAAAUCAGGGACGAAUGGACUGGUUCACAGACCACUCGGGUGGACCUUCAUAUAUCCCUCCUCCAAUAGGGCACUUUGAUAGACCUUCACUCCCUGCACAAGGUUUAUAUUCACUGGCUCAGCGAGUUCCUGGAACCCAAGUUAUCACCAAAAUUUUACCGAGACCUCAGAAUGAGGAUCUCACUAGUGAAGCUCCUAUCGGUAGAGAUACAGGAAAAGAAGUCUCGAACACUGUAGUUGAUCCUCCUACCAAUGAUGAAUAUCGUUCUGAUUAUUCACACAUGCUGCACUACCCACAUGCGUCGCUAGUACCCCGGGCUACAUCAUUGUUUGGGCCGUCAAGCGUUUUACUCUCAGGCCCUAAUAAUCAAAGUCAUAGAACCCGAGAAGAGCAGAUGACUUGCGGGUCAACCCAAAUUCCUAACAGGGCAGAACCGAUGUCUUCGGGUCAAAUAGUGUCCCUUCCGUCUCUCAAUUUAAUGGUCGGAGAAGGUCAAGACAAGCUUUCUACCUCCUUACCCUUACGUCCAAUUCAGUUACCAUCGGAUUCUGUUGCUCAAGUCCACUCCAAUAAUGUAAGAAGUGGUAUCAGAAAUGGAACUAGUUUCCAGAACUUUUCUUCGAGAUCCAGCUCCAUUACCUCCCCCAGCAGCGGUGAAACUGAGGCACAAGCAAAUACUCAGAAGAAAGAAUCAUCGACUCCAAACCACAUGGUAAGAAGCCACCGUUCCUAUAAUUUGAUUUCUAAUAUUUUAUCUGAACAAGACAGACCAUCAACAUCAUCAACAGAAGGACAAAAGGACUUAGUAAUAGCUCAGUCAACCGGUGGUAAUGGUAGAACCACUGGAAAUAGCUCAGCUCAGAAUUUGUCGAAAAACACUGAAAUACCUCCUACAACUCAUCAAGAUGUACCAGAAAACACUGGUUUAUCUUCCGGUGCAUCUCAAGUGCAACUUCUCAAAGAGAAAAUCAGGAGCUAUAAACAAAAUCAGAUUGGUGAUAUAGAUGGUGCUCCAGAGGAUGUAUUCCCUGAACCUUCUCGUAAUACCUCGGGCAAGGGGGCCCAACACGUCAAUCAACCGGCUGAUUCUGCUCAAAGCUCUACCAGUCCAAAAGGUCUUAACGAAAUUGUUUCCACUGAUCCAAAUAGAAAUGGUCCAUCUAAAGGUUCUAAAACUGUCGUUGAGAACAGGGAUGAUUUUGUAUGGGUCGAUGGUGAGUCCAAUGAACCUCCUAGGAUGGCUCCUGUUGCACCUAGUCAAAAGACUCUACCGCACACUUCGAUUAAUAACCAAGUAAUUGAAAACCCAACUAGUGAAAGAAAUGCUGAAAGUAGCAACUAUUCAACUUCAAAGCCUGUUCAAGCUAACUUUUCAAAUAUUAACCCAGUCCAAAAGCACCAAAAUGACCUGGAUAAUGAAGAGGCUAUCACGCCAAUGAAAAAGAAAACCAAAACAAUGGGAUUGUUGGGUAUACAUCUCAGUGAUGACCCUCGUGAUUACUCAAUAUCCCCAUUGAAUGGAAAGGUAGGCGAAAUGAACUUAAAUUCUCCUUGA